GCUCUUCGUGCUGCUGCCAGGCGAUCUUAUUUUCAUUUACUUUCAUCAACUGGAGGUCCAAGUUCGUAACAGACUCUUGUCGAUGUGGCUCAAACACUUCUGGUGGUUACACCUCUUGCUAGACCCAGUAAUUGUAUUGUAAUCCCAAAGCUCCUUUCCUAUAGAAUUAUGCAACCCAUCUGAGCUGCUUUCCACUGGUUUUUGGUUUGAGAGUGAGACGCUCCCGAACUCCAGAAACAAUGAACGAGAGUACCAGGUGCAAUGGAACGAUAUUGGUGCUGAGCACUACUGACUUACUCAGAGUUAAUCAACAGGGUCACUGGAGAGCAGCUCUGGAUCAGUCACCCCUUGACACCUGUCAAUCCAACCUGAUCGCUUUGACGUGAACAUGUCCAACACCUGACACAUCAAAAUCACCGGUCCGCACCAUCAUCAUCGGCAAUGUCCAGGCAGUGUCCAGUGGAGGAGCAAUGUAGGAGUAUGCACUCAGCACCAGGGGGUUUAGCCCAAGUUAAGUUUCAGUCGACGAACGCACAAACCGAUGGAGUCAAACCAGUCGGGUCAGUGACCGUAUUUGAAAAGGCGUUCAUGGACGCCUUGGUGGAGUUCAUGAAGACCACUCAUGCAGUUAUGGAGAGGUGGAAGGUUGCGUCUGGUGGGCAGGAGUUGCAGAUGUCUGAGGAAGAACGACAGGCUAAGGUCGCUGAGCUGAUGCAGAUGAUCGAGCGAAAGCAGCAAGAAAUCGAGCAGCUUCAAAAGCAGAAACAGCGACUUGUUGGAGGCGUGAAUAAGACGUACUUUGCGCAGACCCAAAGUGGAACAGUUUACUGCAUCCAGGAAUGUCCAGCUGAAUGCAAUUAUGCACCUGAAUACGAUCAAAUAUAUCCUCCAGGUGCUAGCUACGACACUUGCGUACCAGUUUGCAACGAACCAUGCAGCCUUCCCGCGCAAGUCUAUCCUGUAGACAGUGGGUACGACCUCAGCUGUGUACCGACGUGUUCUGAACCCUGCAACGCAGCCCGGUACACCCGGAGUGGGAGAUGUGUCCCAACAUGCUACAUACGACCAUCUGGAAAGUAGUCAAAGGAAGUGGAAUGAAUAUUUUGCUAUUACUCCUGAUACCACCAAAGAAGACACUGCUAGGUCAUACACGCAAACAUAUAUGAAAUAAACUCAUUUUAACUGAAGAUAAUUUAGAUGAAUAAAAUGUUGUUCCAUGGACUUUCAUUGUCUCUGAGCUUUUUUGAUUUACGACGUUUCGAUUGAUGAUCAAGUGAACUGAUGACGAAGUUUUCGUAGUUCAUAAAACCUUAUACACACUGGAUGUCCAAG